AUGACUCAGGGCAUCUGGUUAAGAGAAGAAGCAGCUUGCAGCAUCAAUUUCCUGGAGCUUAGAGACAUCAGGCUGGGUCUUCUGAACUUCCAAGAGCUACUCUCAGACUGCCAUGUCCUAGUGCAGACGGACAACAUGACAACAAAGGCAUAUGUAAACAGGCAAGGGGGGACCAGGUUCAAGUCCCUCCACAAGGAAGCUCACCUCCUGAUGCAGUGGGCAGAAAGUCAUCUACAAUCCAUCAAAGUGAUUCAUGUUCCAGGCCAGGAAAAUGUUCUAGUGGACUGGCUGAGUUGCAGGAGCCUGGAUCAGUCAGAGUGGGCUCUGAACAGGGAGGUGUUCCAACAGCUAUGCCAGCGAUUCGGAGGGGUGGACAUAGACCUCUUCACAAGCUUUCAAAACUGGCAAGUACAAAAAUUCAUGCCCAGGACAAGAGACCAAAAGGCCAUCUGGGUGGACGCUCUGAGCUGUGAGUGGCCCCGUCAGAGACUGUACGCCUUCCCUCCAAUUCAGUUGAUCUUCAUGGUAGUGCAAAACACCAUAGAGCAACAGGCAGAGACAAAAACUGGUAUUGCAUUAUUGUACGACGAAAUAACCGAAAACACCUACGAAAUCCGACUGAAGCUUACAAAAGAGGUACUAACAAUUCAAAAACAAGAUGUCAUCUGUGUUAGUGGAAGUGAUCACAGUGCAAAUCACAGAACUGUUAAACUUCGUAGACAACCAGUUGGUGGCUUGGGCUUAAGUAUAAAGGGUGGUGCUGAGCAUAAAGUGCCUGUUGUCAUAUCGAAAAUAUUUAAAGAUCAAGCAGCGGACCAAUCCGGAAUGUUAUUUAUAGGAGAUGCAGUCAUGCAGGUCAAUGGCAUAAAUGUAGAAAAUGCUACCCAUGAAGAAGUGGUGCAUCUACUGCGAAAUGCUGGCGAUGAAGUUACCAUCACUGUUCAGUACCUCAGGGAAGCGCCAUCAUUUCUAAAGCUCCCAUUGGGUUCUCCUGGACCAUCCAGUGAUCACAGCAGUGGUGCUUCCUCCCCUCUCUUUGACAGUGGUUUACAUUUAAAUGGAAACUCCACAAAUACAGCACCAUCAUCACCUUCUUCACCCAUAGCUAAUGAACCAAAAUAUGAGAAGCGUUGGCUGGACACCUUAUCUGUUCCUUUGUCGAUGGCUCGAAUCUCAAGAUACAAAGCUGGAACAAAUAAAUUAAGAUCUAAUGCAUUUGAAGUACUGGCACUUGAUGGAGUUAGCUCUGGGAUACUUCAGUAUUGUACAGCCCAGGAGAGUGCUGACUGGCUGAGAGCAUUAUCAACUAACAUCAGUGAUUUGACACUACAAAAUAUAAAGAUGGCAAAUAAAUGCUGCUCUCCCUCAGACCAGGUGAUACAUAUGGGGUGGGUGAAUGAGAGGCUUCAGGGAGCAGAUUCCCCACAGCUCUAUAAAUUCAAGUUCCUGGCACUGAAGGGUUCAUUGUUCUACAUUUUCAGCACACCUCCGGUAAGCACGUUAGAUUGGGUACGAGCUGAAAAAAUAUAUAACCUCUGUGAGGUUUUAUUUAAAGUUCACAAGCUCUGGCUUAAUGAUGAUUGCUGGCUACAAGCAAACUUGUAUUUAGGUAUUCACCAAGACUAUGAACUUGAAGACCAGAGGCCAUAUUGCUUCAGUGUUGUAGUUGGUCAUGGCAAGAGUCAUUACUUCAAUGUCGAACUGGGAAGUGAUCUGGGAGUAUGGGAGAAAUCAUUUCAAAGAGCCAUUUUUUUGGAAGUUCAGAAAACAGGGUCUAAAACCUAUAUGUGUAGCUGGCAAGGAGAAAGCUUGUGUUUCACCGUGGACUUUGCUUUGGGAUUCACUUGCUUUGACAAUAAAACAAAGAAUGUCCUCUGGAGAUAUAAAUUCUCUCAGCUCAAAGGGUCAUCAGAUGAUGGUAAAACUCGAGUCAAGUUACUUUUUCAGAAUACAGAAACCAAACAAAUUGAAACAAAGGAGCUAGAAUUUCAGGAUUUGACAGCAGUUUUAAACUGCAUCCACUCCUUUAUAGCUGCUAAGGUUGCAUCGCUGGAUCCAUUGUUUAUAGACAGCAAGAGCAUUGCAAGAAAAAAUACUUACAGUAAUUAA